CCGCCGCCUCCCCGCCCCCGCCCCGCCCCUCGCCGCCGCCGCCUCGCCGGCCAUGAGGCCCAGCCGGCGCCCCAGCGCGGCCCUGUGUCGCGGCUGCUGAGCCUCCGCCUUCCCCGCCACCACCAUCGCCCUCUCCGCCAUCCCCUCCCCGCCCGGGCGGGGACCCCCCCUUCGCUCCCCUCCCUCCUCACAGCCGCCGCCAUGUUGGGCCGGGAGCCGCAGCGGGGCCGCCACUGAGCCCCGGAGCCUGCGAGGCGGAGGAGGAGGAGGCGGCGGCGGAGGAGGAGGCGGAGGAGGAGCCCGGGGCCUGGCCGCCCCGCACAGCCCAGCCGGCCGGCCGCCCAGCCGCAGCCAUGGCGGAGCAGACCUACUCCUGGGCAUAUUCCCUUGUGGAUUCCAGUCAAGUGUCUACCUUCCUGAUUUCUAUUCUUCUCAUAGUCUAUGGCAGUUUCAGGUCUCUUAACAUGGACUUUGAGAAUCAAGACAAAGAGAAAGACAAUAGCAGUGCAGCUGGGUCUUUUAACGGCAACAGCACCAAUAACAGUAUUCAAACCAUUGAUUCUACCCAGGCAUUGUUCCUGCCGAUCGGAGCGUCUGUGUCUCUCCUAGUUAUGUUCUUCUUCUUUGAUUCAGUUCAAGUUGUCUUUACAAUAUGCACAGCAGUCCUUGCAACAAUAGCUUUCGCCUUCCUUCUGCUCCCGAUGUGCCAGUACUUAACACGGCCUUGUUCACCUCAAAACAAGAUUUCCUUUGGCUGCUGCGGGCGUUUCACUGCUGCUGAGUUGCUCUCAUUUUCUCUGUCUGUGAUGCUUGUCCUUAUCUGGGUCCUAACCGGCCACUGGCUCCUUAUGGAUGCUCUGGCUAUGGGCCUGUGUGUUGCAAUGAUAGCCUUUGUUCGGCUGCCGAGCCUGAAGGUUUCCUGCUUGCUACUUUCUGGGUUACUAAUUUAUGAUGUCUUUUGGGUCUUUUUUUCUGCCUACAUCUUUAACAGCAAUGUUAUGGUGAAAGUGGCCACACAACCAGCUGAUAAUCCCCUUGAUGUUUUAUCCCGGAAACUUCACCUGGGACCAAAUGUGGGUAGAGAUGUUCCCCGUCUGUCGCUGCCUGGUAAACUUGUAUUUCCAAGUUCCACAGGCAGCCACUUCUCUAUGUUGGGGAUUGGAGAUAUUGUGAUGCCAGGUCUUCUGCUCUGCUUUGUCCUGCGUUACGAUAACUACAAAAAGCAAGCCAACAGCGAUUCCUGUGGCGCCCCAGGACCAGGGAACAUCUCUGGACGUAUGCAGAAGGUCUCUUACUUUCACUGCACACUUAUUGGAUAUUUUGUAGGUCUAUUAACUGCAACAGUAGCUUCUCGUAUUCACCGGGCAGCCCAGCCUGCCCUGCUCUAUUUGGUACCGUUUACUUUAUUGCCGCUCCUCACCAUGGCCUAUUUAAAGGGCGAUCUACGUCGCAUGUGGUCUGAGCCUUUCCACUCCAAGUCCAGCAGCUCCCGUUUCCUGGAAGUAUGAUGGAACAGAUAGAAAGUGACCUGAACUUCUGCCUUUGUCCUUUAACUUGUGGCUUUGUCAUCUCCUAAAGCUGGACUGGCUGGUACUUGGGAAGGUACCAAUUACGGGACUUGUUUGAAAGGACUUUGUAUUAAAAGGAGGAAAAGAAAAAAAACCUGAAAUCUUGGAGCUCCAUGUGACUCCGUAUCUCCCUGCAGAUGUGGAAUUAGGGACCCUUUGUGCAACUGCAGCCACUUUUCCUCUUUUCCUCACUCAGAUGGAUUAGUACCAGACUAUUACCUUUGUGAGAGAGGAAGAGACAGACUUGGAACUGAAAACGGCUUGAGGUCGUUCAAAAACUUGUGAACACUAAAAGAAAAAACGGUUAAGCAAACUAAACCUUCUUCAGAGAACCCCUCGUGUACAUUGGGACCAGUUUCCUGCUGGACUUCGGUUUUGAAGAGAACUGAGACAGAAAGUCUUCUGUCACAAUACUGGUUUUUGGUUUUUUGGUUUUUUUUGAUUUAUUAAAUAUUUCCUGUGGUGUGAGGUUACUUAUUAAAUCCACAGACAUUGAGUGACUUCUUGCAGUAUACAUAUAAAAAUUUGUUGUAACAAGUUACAUUUCCACCCAGAUGUCAUGUUGCAGUGAAAAAGGGCACGAUUUUUAUACAUAUAUAUAUACACACAUAUAGAUAUAUAUAUGAAUAAAUAAAAAGGAAAACCUGCUAAGAUCAUGCUAUGUAGCAGACAGGGGCUUGCUGUAAUUUUUAGCAUGUAGAGCAGUUUACUAUGGCUUUCUUGUAUAUGGACCUACAAUGAGCUGCUGUUCUUUUCCCCCCUCCUACAACUGAACCUGCAAUUUAAAACCAAGUGUAGUAUUUGUACUGAUUGUACUCAUGGACUUUAGGGGAUAUUUGAUUUUGAUCAAUGUAGCAAACUAGGGAAGAAAAAAGUUCAAACCCAACCCUGUUCGUUUGAGGGGGGAGGGGGUGGGGGUGUCUUUUUUUUUUUUUUUCUUUUUUUAUUUUCUUUUUUUACAAACAGCUCCCUUGCAGGUUUUUAGUAGUUGACCCAGUGCAUGUAUUAUAGCAGCAAUUGUCUUUGUGCUUUCUGAUCAUAGUAAUGUAUCACUUGUAAAUACAUUUUUUCUAUUUUCUAUUUUUUUGUAUUUUUUGCAUUUUGUUUCAUUAGUGUGCUGUACUUUUUCCAUGCCCCUGCCCCUUAAAGAAAAAAAAAAGGAAAAAACAAAAAGAAAACUGUCCUUUACUGUUGUGACUGGUUGGAGUUUGUGUGUUGACUGCUUUGUACCUGUAGACUGUUAAAAUGUGGAUUUUAUUAUUUUUCUUUGAACCAGCAGUUCCAGUUCUAUUUUUUUGACUGAAAGGCUUCCCUGAGGUAACUAGAACUUUUGUCCUUUAAAAUACUCUGCCAAAUUGGGUUUGGGGAACUCUCCCAAAGGCUCGUAGCUCUUGUUAGCGGGAGAGAUGCUGAUAACUGUUAGCUGACCAGAAGGAAAACAGGAAUGUUUAAGAACAAACCUGACCAGUAACAUUACUUUGGGGUACGGUUCCGUUACAACAGGUAAGGAUGCUUCAGUGAAACGUGUGAUCCUUUCUGCUCUGUCAGAUGUUACAAGAGCAUAUUUAGUGUGGUUUUUGUCCCGUUAUUUUGUAUUGUCAUUAAUCAACUUCUUCCUCUGUUCUCGGGCAGGUCUGCCACUGCUCGCAGGCAGAGGGACUGACAGGGCUGCUAGCCUCCAAGCUGGCUCUAACAGAUCUCUGACACAGGUAAGAAGCAGCAGACCCUUCAGGGGCAGGGGGCUGUAAGAUUUUUUUUAAGUGUGGGUGCAGGGGGGAUGUUGUGACUUUAUUAAUAUCCCCCCACCACCAUAACCCCCAAUUCCUAUCUUUCACUUUGAUGAAAACAUUUCCUGUAGCAUGUGCCUGCAGUGCUCAUCACUGGGUAACUGUCACAUUUUAAUGAAGUAAACAGUUUUUAACUAAAAAUCUGCUUUUACAGUUCAUAGCAGCUGUUAAGUCCCAGACUUGUAGUCAGCUUGGGACAAAAGAAAGCCAUUGGUUUUCAGCUACACACAUUGGUUUUCAGCUACAACUUCAGGUGAAUAAAAUAUUGAUGAGGAUAUUCAGAGAAAAGAGACACUUCUCUCCCUCCCCCCCGCCACGGUUCCAAGCAGUGGAAUAACAUCUUUAGAUCAUUUGCUACUGCUUUGUCUUCCCUGCCCUUCCACCCAUCUGAUAGCAAUGCACAUCUCAGGUGCUUUCAGCUUCUCAGGAGUUCCCUCCUGCCUCUGGAAUUAAAAGGUCAGUCUGUGUUCUGCAGUAGCAUUUGUUAGUCCCUGCCAGGAAAGCGCACCUAUGAAUGAUUUUCUACACUUAAAAAGCAUUCUGGAAAAAGUUCUAGAAGUGCUAAUUGACAAAUGCUUAAGAAGAAUUUAGCUUUCCAGAAAAAUCCUGGCCUUCCUUUUUAAGCUAUAUUGCCCUCCUGCACACUGUGCAAUCUUCUGACUUGCACCAAGAGACUGAGCUGUAACUGCAACACUUUGUUUUUGAACCCACAGGUAGUGCCCGCUGCACUGAGCAGACUGCCCCGCUCCGCUGGCAGAAGCUUGCACCUGCCAAGUGAGCAAAACUGGACUGAAGGGCAUUUGCUGCCCCUAUGCUGGAACAGCAGCCGCCACCUGUGGGAAAAGGAUUUUGGUGCUUUGCAGAGGUUAACUGAAGCAUAACUGUUUCCCUACUUGCAGAGUGAAAAAGCAUUCUCCUAGUUUGAGUAAGUUAAAGCUGCAAAGCUUUGUCCCACAGCUCUCCCGUCUAGAACAACCUCAGCAUUUGGGGGGAUUAGAAGCAAAUUCCUACCUCGCUACUCAGCUGCUGGGCCCUCUCUGCAUAGACACACUUUUGUCCUUGUUUCUUCAGUCUGGCCAACUGUGCAUCUUCUCAGCCUGAGGAUGAAAUGGGAUGAAACCGUACAAGCUUCUUUGGGUCGUUUGGAUUUCCGGAGGCCAGCAAGGGCCUAG